AUGGACAACAAUAAUUCACUCAAGCAAAUCGCACAGGUCGGCAGCCGUGCAUGCGGUGACAUGCACAACUUUAAAGCGAGCAACUACUUCUUAUUGCGGGACUUCGUCGAUUGCUAUGCCAAUGAGGUGAAGUCGAGGCCUCGCUCGAAGAAGGUUGAUGCUUGCAGUGGACAGCCUGUGCAAGACGAUGAUGAGGCUGAAAGCGACGGUGAUGGCGAUGUGCCCAGCAUGAAGACUUCAAUGAUGGUAGAGGGGGAUCUGACGGACAGUGAUGAUGGCAACGUCACAACAGCUCCAUGUGUGACCAACUGGAAGGCAGCGGCUUCCGAGGAUCACAAGCGUAUGUGGGCCAUAUUCGAUGAGGCAGGCAUUUUUGUAGCUGCCUGCAGGCACGGCCUCGUGCUCUGGGUUGCGGACAUGGUUCAGAGUGGUGAACUCACAAAAUAUCCCCUGGCAAUCUUGGCCAAGGCACUAGAAGUCUUCGGCAUCAGGCUUAUUGUGCCCUAUGAUAUUGGAUUGGCUGCAAAGCAGCGCUCGAUGCAGAAUCACCCGAACGUCAUUAAGGGGAUGGGCCUCGAGGAUGGCGAGACUCUCGAACACCUCUUCAGUGCAUCCAACAGCCUCGCAUCGGUCAUCCGGUACAUGUCACCCUACCGUCGGCAUGUCCUCAUCGAUCUCUUCUUCCAGCAAUGGAACAAUGAGAAGUACAGUAAUCUAAGCCUUAUGUUGUACAACAACUGCAUACAGGCCCUGAAGAUCAUCAACGAGGAUUUGGUCACACUGGCCAACACCAUGCAAACUCUCGGGGUCAGCCAUGACGAUCUCAUCAAAUGGUCUUUAAAACAUUUCGAAACUUUGGGUCAAAAACCCCCGUGGGAUGUGCACACCAUUGCAUAUGUUGAGAAACUUCAAGAAUGGUGUGCCGUGCAUGUGCAAGUGGAAACUGCACAUGCACAGUUCGUCAGUUCCAUCCCAUCUGACUAUACUUUCGUCCUACCCUCCGCUGGCACUGUCGACUAUUACACUGAGGCAUCACACACACAGAAGCUCGAGACAAAGUGGCAUUACAGCGAGGAGCGUGAGCGCAUGCUCCUGCAUGAGGUUGCUACCAUGGAAGUCAAGAUGGGCAUCAUGAGGCGUUGA